UGUCAAAAAGCCACCAGUGCUUCAAAAAAUUCCACUCUCGAUUUCUCCCUAAUUUCUCUCUCUCCGCCCUCUCAAAUUCCUUUUGCAUCGGAUUCUUCCAUUUCCGUUCUCAUUUUCACAGAUUUUUCUCUCCGUGAUUCCAGUCGCCGGAAUACCCUCCGCCCUCUGCUAUGGACCGAGGCGGCCCACCCCCUCCUGCACCCACCGUCGUCAACAGUGGCUCCGGAACUGGUGCCCUUCGGAUCCAACAUUCAAGAAGAUUGCCCGAUUUCCUUCAGAGCGUUAAUCUCAAGUACGUCAAAUUAGGGUACCACUACUUGAUUUCUAAUCUGUUAACCUUAUGUAUUGUUCCUUUAAUUGCGGUUACCUUAAUCGAGGCUUCGCAAAUGAAUCUCGAUGAUGUUCGUCAGCUUUGGAUUCAUCUCCAGUACAAUUUGGUUAGCGUCAUUAUUUGCUCCGCCGUCAUGGUUUUCGGAUUGACGGUUUAUACUAUGACUCGUCCUCGUCCUGUUUAUCUUGUUGAUUAUUCCUGUUAUCGCCCUGCUGAUGACCUUAAGGCUCCAUUUCAUCGAUUCAUGGAGCAUUCUAGGCUUACAGGGGACUUUGAUGAGUCCUCCCUCGAGUUCCAGCGCAAGAUUUUGGAGCGCUCUGGACUCGGUGAGGAAACUUACGUUCCUGAAGCUAUGCACUUCAUUCCUCCUCGCCCGUCCAUGGCCGCGGCUAGAGAGGAGGCUGAACAGGUCAUGUUUGGUGCUUUGGACAAACUGUUUGCUAAUACCUGUGUUAAACCUAAGGAUAUUGGUAUUCUCGUUGUGAAUUGCAGCUUGUUUAACCCCACGCCUUCUCUAUCUGCUAUGAUUGUUAAUAAGUAUAAAUUGAGGGGUAAUAUCAGGAGCUUCAAUUUAGGUGGAAUGGGUUGUAGUGCUGGGGUUAUAGCUGUUGAUCUUGCUAAGGAUUUGUUGCAAGUUCAUAGGAAUACUUUAGCUGUUGUUGUGAGUACUGAAAACAUUACUCAGAAUUGGUAUUUUGGGAAUAAGAAGUCUAUGUUAAUUCCUAAUUGCCUGUUUCGAGUCGGUGGUUCUGCUGUUUUACUGUCCAACAAGUCUGCUGAUAGAAGACGAGCUAAGUAUAGGCUUAUUCAUGUUGUGAGGACCCAUCGCGGAGCUGAUGAUAAGGCUUUUCGAUGUGUCUAUCAGGAGCAGGACGACAUCGGUAAAACCGGCGUGUCACUGUCCAAAGAUUUGAUGGCAAUUGCUGGAGGAGCUUUGAAAACAAACAUAACCACACUGGGUCCACUUGUGCUCCCAAUUAGUGAACAACUUUUGUUCUUUGCAACCCUGUUGUUAAAGAAGUUCUUUAAUGGAAGUAUGAAGCCAUAUAUCCCUGAUUUCAAGCUUGCAUUCGACCAUUUCUGCAUACACGCUGGUGGGCGAGCUGUGAUCGAUGAACUGGAAAAGAAUUUGCAGCUAUUGCCUCUUCAUGUCGAGGCUUCUCGUAUGACCCUUCACCGAUUUGGAAAUACUUCAUCGAGUUCGAUUUGGUAUGAAUUGUCCUACAUAGAAUCCAAAGGGAGGAUGCAUAAAGGCAACCGUGUGUGGCAGAUUGCCUUUGGAAGUGGCUUCAAAUGUAAUAGUGCAGUGUGGGAAGCUCUCAGGAAUGUGAGGCCAUCUCAAUCUAGUCCAUGGGAAGACUGCAUUGAUAACUAUCCUGUUAAGUUAGAUGCUUAAGACUGCAUUGACAUCUAUCCUGUUAAGUUAGGUUCUUAGAUCCAUAAGAAUGUUUGAAAAUCGAUUCGGGUUAUUGCUUCUUGACUAUCGUCUACCUCGUCUCCUGAUGGUUAUCCUUUAUUUGCUUAUAGUCUGCAUCUAGGAACGUUUAUUGAGUUAUGCGUCUUCUUCCAGAGUUUUCAGUUUGCAUCAGGUUGUUUAUGUCGAGAUUGCCCGCGUCGCGUAAUCUGAUGCUUGUUCGUCGAGUUAGAGAGGAGAUUCAGUCACGACCAUGAUGGUUUUCCUUCUCUUAUUGCAAAAAAACUCGCUUUUAGGAUGAAAAUUUGUUCCUGCUCCAUACUAAGAGGAUUCUGCAGUGCAAUUUGUAUCUCUGGUAAAAUUUGCUUCCCUCUAAACCAUUUGAUUGCUUUGAGCUUUAUGUUCUAACUUUUGCCUUAAAACUUUUUCUCU